CUGCCUUUCACCUGUGGCUGGAGAGACUUGGCAGCUCUGUGUUUUUUGUGCUUUCAGCUCAUAACCUGUGGCAUUUUACAGAUUGGCACUGGAAUCAAAGCACUUUAAACUGCGGUUUUACCAUUUUUGAAGCCGUACUCGCUGUGAUCACUGAACCAGAUCUGAGCUCUGGUUAACAUCUAAGGUCACUGCCAGGCAUCCAGUUAAACACUGUUGGCAAAGAGACAAUGGAGGUGGGUCUGCAGCCUCCUUAAUCUUGUGCAACAUAGUUACAGCAUUUUCUCAGAUCUACGGUACAAUGCAUGAAGGCAACACCGUACUAGUUCUCAUGCUAGUUUUGGGCCCCUUCCAUGUUCAGGAUAUUGAUCCUGGGACGUUUUCUGGUGACGACAAGAUUUCAUACGGCUCGACGACAGGAGUUAGAAGGCUUGGUGGCUGGUUGCCAUAGGCGGGCCAUGGGCAGCAGCCAAGCCUUACAAGGCCGUGCACCACUCAGAAAGUCCAGUGGUGGAGUGUGUGGAAUCUCCUACUGUGAGAGUGAUUCUCCUGAGCUGAGCAAGACAAGCAGAUUAGAUUUCAUCAUGAACACAGACAAACAGCCUGAUGGAUUUGCCCCCUCAGAGGGAGACGGGAUGGACGUUGGACGUGAUGUCGAAGAUGCAAAGUCAAAGGAAGAGGAAGAAGAGAGGGAGGAUAACUCAUUCAGCGAGAAUGGAAUACAGUGUGCUGAAGGUACGAUAAAGACGGAGGCUGAAGAGAUGGAUGAUAACGAGCAGUACUCCAAGACCGAAAAAGAAAGAGAGAUUGUACCGAAAGAGGAAGCAGAAGGGGGCAGCGAGGACGGGAUGGAGGAAGGAUUCGACGAGGAGAGGACAGAGGAGGACGAGGAAGAGGAGAGGGACGGGGAGGGGGAAGAAGAGGGGGACAAUCUGAACGAGCCGCAGGACCUGUCCCUUGUAGACUACUCGCGCUACGACGGCGCCGGCCUGACGGACGCCCACGCGGCCGCGGCGGCAGAAGGGGCCUACGCUUCUGGAGCGGUGGCCCCUCGCAUCCAGGCAGCAGGCAAGCUCAACUGUGACAUCUGUGGCCUGUCCUGCGUCAGCAUCAACGUACUGCUGGUGCACAAACGCAGCCACACGGGUGAGAGGCCAUUCCACUGCAGUCAGUGUGGGGCCUCCUUCACCCAGAAGGGAAACCUGCUUCGCCACAUCAAACUGCACUCUGGGGAGAAGCCUUUCAAAUGCCCCAUGUGCAGCUACGCCUGCCGUAGACGUGACGCUCUGAGCGGGCACCUGCGCACCCAUUCUGUAGAAAAACCGUUCAAGUGCAACCACUGCAGUCGCAGCUACAAGCAGCGAAGCUCCCUAGAAGAGCACCGAGAGAGGUGCCAUGUGUUCAUCCAGAACAAAGGUGCUGCUGAAAGAGCGGAGGACGGCCACACGUCUAGGACUCAGAUGGGCACCGAGCGCGCUCUGCUGCUCGACAGGCUCGCCAGCAACGUAGCCAAACGGAAGAGUUCAAUGCCACAGAAGUUCACUGGCGACAACGGUGUCUGCCUGGACUUGAGCUUUAACAGGGAGCUGGUCGCCCGAACUGACGUCAAAGAGCCUCAUCCGGGCUCCCCGGGGCCUGACUCCCACCAUCAACAACAAUCCAUGCUCACAGACAACGACCCGGCCCCCUCCCACAGGCCCUACCCCAUCCCAUUAAGCCGCAACGAUAUCAGCCCAAUGGGCCUCACCAACGGCCACAAGAUGGGCAUGCCUCUCCUCGGCCUCCACCACGCCGCCCAGCCGCCCCUCGGCAUGGACUCAUUCCACGCUGACGGUUCCCAGAUGUCCCAGCCCAUCAUGUACAGCUUAGGGCACCUGCUGGGGGGGAUGAACCACCAGAACGGCGUCCCUCACCCGCACGCCCAGCCAAUCCCUUUGUCCCCUCUGGAGGCUUUGAGGGUGGUGAGGGCGGACGGAGAGGGCGGAGCGUUGCCAGGGGCGGUGUACCCCUGCGGCCACUGCAGGGUGAUCUUUCUGGACUAUGUCAUGUUCACCAUCCACAUGGGGUGCCACGGCUUCCGCGACCCGCUCGAGUGCAACGUGUGCGGCCACCGCAGCAGGGACCGCUAUGAGUUCUCUUCACAUAUAGCCCGCGGUGAACACCGCCUAGAACUGAAGUAGCUUUCAUUCAUGCAGACGAGCACAUGCUUAUACACACAUAUGUUCACACAGAUAACACUGUAUCAACACACACACAAACACACACAGAUUUAGUCAUAUAAGUAGCUAGUAGUAUCAGAAAUGAAAGCAUGAAGUAGCAGCUAUCUCUCUCUCUGUCUGAUUUGUGUCUGUGUGUUUUUGUGUGUGUGUGUGUGUGUGUGUGUGUGAGAGAGAGAGAGAGACAGAGAGAGAGAGAGAGACGUUAAAGGAGUGUGACGGUUUCAGAGUGUUCUUAGUCAUACUGUACUCAUCUGAAAAGAUGGCCUGUAAAGUGUUUAUGCAGGAGUAAUUGUACUUCCUAUUCAUACAUACAUUUAUACUUAAUGUUCUUAGUUGUAACCACUGUUUAUAUCAUACAGUACUACAUUCAAAUGUUCAUAACAAAGUAGCAUAUAUGAGUGAAUUUUCUAUCUGCUGUUGGUUUUCCUGUUAUUUGUGUAAAUGUGUAAAAUAAAAGCAAAUGCUUUUUUUCUUUCUCUUCAUCACACCUACUGUAA